AUGGGCGAUGGGUGCACAGGGGCCGGGGAUGGCACGGGCGCGCGACAAUUCCCGGAGGGCUUUGCCUGGGGGGCGGCCACGUCCGCGUACCAGGUGGAGGGGGGCUGGACGGAGGGGGGCAAGGGGCGCAGCAUAUGGGAUUUCUUCGCCCACACGGCGGGCAAGGUGGCGGGCGGCGGCAACGGCGACAUGGCGGACGACCAGUACCACAGGGUCGGCGAAGACGUCAGGCUGAUGGCGGACAUGGGCCUGCGGCACUACCGGCUGUCGAUCGCCUGGACGCGCGUCCAGCCGACGGGGACGGGGCCAGCCAACCCGGAGGGCGUGGCGUUCUACAACCGGGUCAUCGACGCGCUGAUCGCGGAGGGGAUCGAACCGCUGGUGACGCUCUACCACUGGGACCUGCCCCUGGCCCUGCAGGUUGAGCGCAACGGCUGGCUGGGCGGGGAUGCUGUGAUCGACGCCUACGUCGAGUACGCCCGCCUGUGCUUCACCCACUUCGGCGACCGCGUGAAGCGCUGGAUCACGUUCAACGAGCCCUGGUGCGUGGCUGUCCUGGGCUUCGGCACCGGCGAGCACGCGCCCGGGCGCAGCCGCGACCCCGGCAGGGAGCCCUACCUCGCCGCCCACCACAUCCUGCUCGCCCAUGCCCGCGCCGUUCGCCUGUACCGGCGGGACUUCAAGCCCUUUCAGGAGGGGUCGAUCGGCAUCACCUUCAACAGCGACUGGCGGGAGCCGUUGCCGGACGCGGACCCCCGCCGGUACAUGCGCAACUGCGAGGCCGCGGAGAGGACGAGGCAGUUCUUCCUGGCCUGGUUUGCCGACCCGGUGUACUUGGGCGACUACCCGGAGCUGAUGCGGGUGCGGUUGGGCGACCGUCUUCCCAGCUUCGGCGCCGGGGAGGCGGCGCUGCUGAGGGGCAGCGCGGACUUCUUCGGCCUCAACCACUACACGACAACUUACGUUUCGGUGGACGACACCAAUUCCGUUGGAUGGUUUUGCGAUCAAGGUUCGCAGUGGUCCAAUGACCCAAACUGGGCUGUGACUGACAUGGGCUGGGCGAUUGUCCCCUGGGGCCUUAGGAAGAUGGUGGGCUGGAUUCAGAAAAGGUACAGACCCCCUGGAGGAAUCAUCGUCACCGAGAACGGGUGCGCAUGUAAGGAGCAGGAUGCUGCAGUGGCCAAGUGUGACAAAUUGAGGGUGGAGUACCUGCGUGGCUACAUUUCCGAAUUGCACAAAGCCAUCGCCGAGGAUGGCGUGGACUGCCGCGGCUACUUCGUGUGGUCGCUGCUCGACAAUUUUGAGUGGGCUUUUGGCUAUACCAAGCGUUUUGGCAUUCAUUGGGUGAACUUCGAUACGCUGGAGAGGGUUCCCAAGGAGUCCAGCAAGUGGUUCGCCAAAGUCGUCGCAACGAAUGGCGUGCCUGCGGAUGAGUGA